GAGAGAUGCGCAUGCAUUAGAAAAGGACGGGCUUAAUCUGGGAAUAAAACGAGUUGCGUAUUUGUCGUUUUGACUGCGCAUCCCGACAGUCAGUUUCCAUAACAUAGAUUUCAUAGGACUGCUGUUGUCGGAGGGAUGCUGUGAAGAGGAAGUGCUUAUUUGACUCCACAUUCACAAAGACAAACAGAAGUAUGGGUCUGCAGACUGUGUUCCGUGCGGUGACCAUGGGGCCCCCGGGCUCAGGGAAGGGGACCGUGUCGAGUCGGAUAGCGCAGAGUUUCGGACUGAAGCAUCUCUCCAGUGGAGACAUGCUGCGGGCCAAUAUCGAGGCGAAGACAGAUUUGGGUCUCCUGAUGAAGUCGUGCAUCGAUCAGGGUCAGCUGGUUCCCGAUGAUGUCAUCUCUCGUCUCAUCCUGUCCAGUCUGAGGGGUCUGCAGCAGAGCAGCUGGCUACUGGACGGGUUUCCUCGUACUGUGGCUCAGGCCGAGGCCCUGGACAGCGUGUACGAUGUGGACUCUGUUAUAAACCUGGACGUGCCUUUCCAGACGAUCCGAGAGCGUCUGACGUCUCGCUGGGUGCACCUUCCCAGCGGCAGGGUCUAUAAUAUAGACUUCAACCCACCUAAGAAACCAGGUCUCGAUGAUGUCACAGGAGAACCGCUGGCCCAGAGAGACGAUGACAGUCCCGAAACUGUGUCCAGGCGACUCAAGGACUACGAGAGACAGACACAACCAGUUCUAGAGUAUUACAG